AUGCAUAUCAGAAUUGUGAAGUAUUUGAGCUUGGGGUAAUAGUCCCAAGUGUGCGGCUUAAACUUGCCCCUCGCCAGGCAUGCAAGGUCGGGGUACCUCAACUCAGGCCGAACCCCACCAAAAUUGCAUCCUCCACCAAAGCCAGACCACCUCCACGACAUCGAACGUCACUCCGACCACCACGGCGCGCAUGACACCCUAGCGAACACUCGUCGAACCAACCUACCCAAGGACCAAGAUUGCCAUUGCUCAGGCGCUCAUUUAUCGACGACACCUCCCACGUGCGCGCAUACAGCCCGGACCGCGCAAGGCCGUGGCCUUUUCUCUUCUCCCCACCCCCAUCAUCACCAUCCUCACAUCGCAAUGCCGACCUACAAGACCAGCCAGGAAUGGUUGGAGCAGUCGUCUCUGCUCCUCCAGGCCCGUCCGACAACCACGAGAAUCACAACAAAGUACUCCAUCAAAGCAGUCAAACCCCGAAAGACCAAGACCUCGGAGGGCACCUCCGCCGCCCCUACAGAAGACGCAACAAUGACAGACGCCAAACCCCCGCGCGGCUCCCUCGUCAUCAAGACCUUCGACCCGGUCAGCGGCGUCGCCCUCAAAUACCGCACCACAAAGGCCGCCGAGGUCUCCCGCCUCGUCACCUGCCUCGGCGCCCUGGGCCGCACAAUGUCCACCUCGAAACCGGCAACGUUGGACGCCGCCGUUGCGACCAAGGACGAGCCGAUGGCUGACGCAGGCGGGGAGGAUACGCCUGCGGGCGGGGCGGCGACGCCUGUGGAGAAAUCUCAGGCUGCUGGAGGUGGAGGUGCUGGUGGAAAGAAGAAGAAGAAGGGCAAGAAAUGAGGGCCUAGGUUAUGUCACUCAUGUUGUCAUUCAGGAGUGGGAGACGACGCGAUGCUGCCCGUGGGUAGAAGACGAUGUUGAGGCUGACAUGUUGGGCGAGUUGCGGUCAGCAGACAUAUCAUGGAGAAAGCAUCACUAGUCGAAAAGGUGUCAAAGAGCCUUGCAAAGGCUUUACUCGCAUACAUCAAGUCGUCUUUAGACGAAACAUAGGGAAAAUCUUAACACCAAGCACUCAAGCUUGGGAGAAGCCACCGGUGGAAGACAAUGCAGAUCGCAUCACGAAAGAGAAACA